GGGAAGCUUCGAUUUGAUGCCGACGAUUGUUAAUUUUUCCCUGACUCUUAGUUUCCGAACCAAUUGAUCACUACAAGAAACAUAAAUCAAUUGCGAAUUCGGUACUUACUUAGUCUAGUUCGCCUCGUACGAAAUGGCGGACGAACAAGCGUCGACAGCGGCGCUAGCUUCUGAAAAGAAGCACAAGUCUCAUAAGAAACACAAGCGACACCUCGAAAAUGAUGGUACCGAGAGUAGCGAGCGAAAACACAAGAAGUCGAAGAGUAGCGCCCAUGUGCCUGUCAUAGAACCAGAAGUCCCAACUCGGAUAGAACCCAAAGCGUCAGAAGUAGUCGAGACGGAUGGCGCCGACAAAAAGACGGAGAAGAAAAAGCGACGGAAACAUAAGAGCCAUGCGACAGAUAACGCUGACGAAGACCAGCCGGCACCAACGUCAGCGCAAGAUGGCGCAACAGAUGUGGACACAGCAAAGAAGGAGAAAAAGAAGUCAAAGUCAAAGGAUCAUAAGAGAAAACACGAGAAGGCUGAAGUUACUGAGACGAUCAUACCCUACAGUCAGGGAGAUGUCCCCGACCCCGAAGCCAUGGACAUUGAUUCGGCGCCAGCUGAGAAUGAUAUCUUCGGCCCUGAUGAGUUUGGGCAGAAACCAGCCGACAAGGCAUACCCCUUCUUCACCCAGACCGUUUCCCAGUACCUCGCCUUAUUCCCAUCUGGUCUGAUCGAACCGGUAGAAGGUUUCGCAGAUCAGCACCUAAGGCCUCUCCUCAAACGAUAUGUCCCCAGUUUUCGCGGUGUUCUACUAGCAUACCGAAACCCUCGCGUUGGAGAGGCGCCUGGCAAAGGAUCAUUAACCGAAGAAAGCGCACCAGACGACGUCGUGCUGCUCGAGUCUAUCAACGAAUAUGCUGUGAGCUUUGGAUGGUUAACAGUCGAUGUAGACGUAUUCCGUCCGACCCGGGGUGCGUGGAUGGAAGGUAUAGUGAAUCUACAAGGCGAGGGCCAUAUUGGCGUUGUCUGCUGGGAUUUAUUUAAUGCUUCAAUUGAGGCCGGACGACUGCCUCACGGUUGGCAUUGGGUCGACCUUCUAUCCAAAGGCAAGGAGAAGAGCAAGGACAAGGGUAAGGGCAGGCAAAGCGACAGAGAGAAGACAGCUGAGGAAGCCAAGCUACCUACUCCUGAUCCCUUCGACGACCCCAAUAACGAGCUCGAUAAUGACACAACCCAAAUACAUACUACGGGUUACUGGGUGGACGAGAAUGGUACAAAAGUACGCGGAGGAGCUAAGCUUUACUUCCGGAUCAAGCAUUACGAGGUUGGUGUUAGUGGCGACUACGGUUACUUAAGUAUCGAGGGCACUAUGUUGAACGAGGAGGAAGAGAAGGCCAAAUACACCAAGGAGAUGGAGGUCUUAAGGCGGCGUAAGCAAAGACACGGGGGUCUCUUGCGGAAAGAGCAGAAACGCUUGCCCGAGUUUAGCAUGACCAAGUUCGGUGCGAACGAAGCUGAAGACAACGAGGCCCAACGUGCUCCCGUGCAAUGGGUCGGCAGUCGUCCUGGUAGCGACACGGAAUAGGCAAAAUCGUAAUUCACACGUAUAUCCAUCAUUGGGAGUAAGCGGACAUUGGCGUCACUGGUUCGGUUGAAGGUUAUCAAAAAUUACCUGCUACGCAUGUCGAUAGGAAUAUGCCAAUACGUUCAACAUUAUCAGGAAGUCGAUCUGUGACUAGAGUCUGGUUGAUCCUGACGGUUGACUAACAAACAU